UGGAAACGUCUACAGGACGAGCGAUGCUGUCAAUCAUGAAACCUUAAAACAAAAGACUGAAGUCUUUCCCCGAGGCACUGUUACAAAGCGCUGCAACUGGAGACUCCUUCCAUAAAUGAUAAACAUCUCAUAGAGAAUUUCAGCAUAUUAGCAACUGCGCACAUUUAAAUAAAUAAAUAAAUAAACAACCCUGUUUAUAUGACCCGUUCGAGCUGUGCCGUUUUAAAAAUGUUAUCAGCGCUAUCUAACCAAUCAGAUUUGAGAAUUCAGCACCAUUGCGGUGUAAAAUGUAUUUAUUUUUUGUUCUGUUAUGUCAUAUGACGCACGUUGUGUGUUUUGCACUGUAGAUUCGGCGUGUGUUCGCGAGACGAGUGAAGAGCGCCGAUGGCGAUGAUGAAGCCCAGAAUAAGUGCUGCCGGGAUUCACAGCGCCGUGCCAAACACACACCCUUGAGCUUUGGAAGAGCAGGACGAAAUGAGAUAAACACUGGAUGAUCGGAGUCUCAGCAUGGCAGGACUGCAGCUGGUGACCCCUGCCUCCUCGCCCAUGGGGCCUUUCUUCGGCCUGCCGUGGCAGCAGGAAGCUAUCCACGACAACAUAUACACACCAAGAAAAUAUCAGGUUGAACUUCUCGAAGCAGCUCUUGAACACAACACUAUAGUCUGCUUAAAUACCGGCUCAGGGAAGACAUUUAUCGCAGUGCUUCUUAUUAAAGAGCUCUCCCACCAAAUCCGCCAGGAGGAUGGGAGGAGGACCGUUUUCCUGGUCAAUACAUCGUCAUCUGUGGUUCAGCAGGCCUCCACCGUGAGAACCCAUUCGGAUCUUCGGGUCGGGGAAUACGUAGAGAGCUCCAAGUCAUGGACAGAGGACACUUGGAAUGAAGAGAUAAAGGAAAAUCAGGUGCUCGUUAUGACGUGCAACAUCUUCCUGCACAUGCUGAGGUUCGGGGUCUUGCCACUAUCCCAGAUCAACCUGGUCAUUUUCGACGAGUGCCACCUCGCAAUCACGGACCAUCCGUAUCGGGACAUAAUGAAGAAAUGUGAGGAGAGUACAGGCUCCCCACGUAUCCUAGGUCUGACCGCUUCCAUUCUGAAUGGCAAAUGUGACCCAUCUGACCUGGAGGAGAAGAUCCAGAACCUGGAGAAGAUCCUCAAGAGCAACGCCGAAACCGCCACCGAUCUCGUCGUACUGGACAGGUACGCGACCCAGCCUCGAGAGGUGGUGCUGGACUGCGGCCCUUACCAGGAUAACAGCGGCCUGUCCGAGAGGCUUCGAAACGAGCUGGACGACGCUCUUCGUUUCCUCAACGAUUACAACUUCUCUGCACACCGGGAGGACCGAGACCCCACUUACAUCCCCAAACAGGUUCUGAGCGACUGCAGAGCGGUUCUGACCGUGCUUGGCCCCUGGUGCGCGGAUAAAGCCGCCGGCAUCAUGGUGCGUGAGCUGCAGAAGUACAUCAAGCACGAGCAGGCAGAGCCGAACCGCAAGUUCCUGCUGUUCGCCGACACCGUCCUGAGGAAACUGCACGCCCUCUGCGAGGAGCGCUUCUCGCCGGCGUCGCUCGACCUCAAGUUCGUCACUCCCAAAGUGAUCAAGCUGCUGGAGAUCCUGCACGAGUACAAACCCUAUGAGAGGCAGCAGUUCGAGAGCGUCGAAUGGUACAACAACCGCAACCAAGACAACUACGUUUCGUGGAGCGACUCCGAGGAUGAAGACGACGACGAGGAGGUCGAGGCGAAGGAAAAGGCGGAGGCCAACUUCCCCUCGCCCUUCACCAACAUUCUCUGCGGUAUCGUCUUUGUGGAAAGGCGUUACACGGCGGUCGUUUUAAACAGGCUUAUAAAGGAGGCAGGGAAGCAGGAUCCAGAGCUGGCCUACAUUAGUAGCAACUUCAUCACUGGCCACAGCAUCGGCAAGAACCAGCCACGGAACAAGCAGAUGGAGGUGGAGUUCAGAAAACAAGAGGAAGUACUGAGGAAAUUCCGGGCGCACGAAACCAACCUGCUGAUCGCCACCAGCAUCGUCGAGGAAGGCGUGGACAUCCCAAAGUGCAACUUGGUGGUCCGGUUCGACUUGCCCACAGAGUAUCGGUCCUACGUGCAAUCCAAAGGCCGGGCGCGUGCUCCCGUCUCCAAUUACAUCAUGCUGGCCGACAGCGAACGCACAAAAGCAUUCGAGGAGGACCUCAAGACUUACAAGGCCAUCGAGAAGAUUCUCAGGAACAAGUGCUCCAAGUCAGCGGAGCGUAACGAGUGCGAGGCGGAGUCCGUACUGGACGACGAUGACGACGAUGUCCUCCCUCCGUACUCCUUACGGUCUGACGACGGAGGCCCGAGAGUCACCGUCAACACGGCUAUCGGCCACGUUAACCGAUAUUGCGCAAGACUUCCUAGUGACCCUUUCACACACUUGGCGCCCAAGUGUAAGACGGCAGAGCUGAAAACGGGCGGCUACCAAUCCACACUCUUUCUGCCAAUCAACUCACCCCUCAGAGAGCCCAUUACUGGACCCCCGAUGCCCUGCGCGAGGCUUGCUGAGAAAGCUGUCGCACUUAUGUGUUGUGAGAAACUUCACAAAAUAGGUGAGCUGGACGAUCAUUUAAUGCCGGUGGGAAAAGAGACUGUGAAAUAUGAAGAGGAGCUGGACUUGCAUGACGAAGAGGAAACCGAAGUUCCAGGCAGGCCAGGCUCCACUAAGAGGAGACAGUGCUACCCCAAAGCUAUCCCAGAAUGCCUGCGAGGCAGUUACCCCGUACCGGAGCAGUCUUACUAUCUCUACGUGAUCGGGAUGGUUCUGACCACACCCCUUCCAGACGAACUCAAUUUCCGCCGGAGAAAGCUGUACCCUCCCGAGGACACCGCCAGAUGCUUUGGCAUUCUCACGGCUAAACCCAUACCUCAUAUUCCUCAUUUCCCCGUGUAUACCCGCUCCGGUGAAGUGACCAUCUCCAUAGAGCUGCUGAAGUCGGGCUUCACUCUGAGCUCGUCCCAGCUGGAGCUCAUCACUCGCCUGCACCAGUACAUCUUCUCUCACAUCCUCCGCCUGGAGAAACCCGCGCUGGAGUUCAGGCCCACCGAGGCCGACUCGGCCUACUGCGUCCUACCUCUCGACGUGGUCGGGGGUUCCAGUACUUUGGAUAUGGACUUCAAGUUCAUGGAGGAUAUUGAGAAAUCCGAAGCGCGGAUCGGCAUUCCGAAUACUCAGUACACGAAGCAGAACCCGUUUACUUUCCGACUGGAGGACUACCAGGACGCUGUCAUCAUUCCAAGGUAUCGUAAUUUCGACCAGCCGCAUCGCUUCUACGUCGCCGACGUCUACACCGACCUCACGCCUCUCAGUAAAUUCCCCUCGCCAGAGUACGAGACAUUCGCCGAGUACUACAAAACCAAGUACAACCUGGACCUGUCCAAUGUCAACCAGCCCCUUUUAGAUGUGGACCACACAUCCUCCAGACUGAACCUUUUAACCCCUCGGCACCUGAAUCAAAAAGGCAAAGCGCUCCCUCUCAGCAGCGCAGAGAAGAGGAAGGCCAAGUGGGAGAGCCUGCAAAACAAACAGAUUUUAGUUCCCGAACUGUGCGCCAUUCACCCCAUCCCUGCUUCUCUGUGGAGAAAAGCCGUGUGCCUUCCCAGCAUCCUCUACAGGCUGCACUGCCUCCUGACAGCCGAGGAACUUCGGGCUCAGACGGCCGUCGACGCCGGAGUAGGGGCUCGGAGCCUGCCGCCCGGCUUCAGGUAUUCCAAUCUAGACUUUGGAUGGAAGAAAUCCAUCGACAGCAAGUCGUUUAUUUCCUGUCCCAGCACCUGCACAGAGGAGGACGACGACGACGACGAUGAUGAAGACGACGACGAUCACUGUAAGCACGCUGCUAGCUCAGCAGCCCCAGAUCGCACUGCCCAGGAUGACCUCGGCGCCGGCUCGUCGGAGCCCAGAGAGGAGGGCUCCGUCUCGCAGGAGAACUGCGACGCGCCAGAUGUAAAGCUAGAGAUGUGUGCACACAGAGUCCGGCUAUCAGAAGAACACAGGAGCGUGUGCGAACGCUCCAUGAACCUCAGCGACGGCCAUGAUGUUUUUCUAAACUGCCAGCUAGCAAGCGACGUAUCGACACAAACCACUACCUCAGUUCCGAGUGGCGAGCGCCAGGACGGCCAUGAAUGUAACCCGGACGAGAAAUCCGAUUUCCUCGACGGACGUGUGAAGAAACCUACCUCAGAGCGUCGGCUCGCUUGUGGAACGCCAACCAGCACCGAAGCACCUUCAUCAACUGCGUCGUCGACGUCAGCACCCGAGACCGUCGCGCUACCCGGGGACUGUGUAAAAGCUCUGGGCCCAAACCCGGGUCUCAUCCUGCAGGCCCUGACCCUCUCGAACGCCAGCGACGGGUUUAAUCUGGAGCGUUUGGAGAUGCUGGGUGACUCUUUCCUCAAACACGCCAUCACCACCUACCUGUUCUGCACUUACCCUGACGCCCACGAGGGACGGCUCUCCUACAUGAGGAGCAAGAAGGUCAGUAACUGUAACCUAUACCGCCUGGGGAAGAAGAAAGGUCUGCCCAGUCGGAUGGUGGUCUCCAUCUUUGAUCCGCCGGUCAACUGGCUUCCCCCAGGCUACGUGGUGAACCAGGACAAGAGCACCACCGACAAGUGGGACUCGGAUGAGGUCGGUCUCCCACAGCUCGCGCUGGCGAAAGAAGACCUGGCCAACGGAAAGGCCACCAAGGACGACUUUGACGAGGACGAGGAUGACGCGGACUACGACGAGGACCUGAUGUGGAAGGAGCCCAAGGACGAGGUGAACGUCGAGGACGACUUGGAGUACUACCACGAGCACAUCAAGUUCAUCGACACCAUGCUGAUCGGCUCCGGCGCCUUCGGGAAGAAGUUCCCCCUCGGCGACUUCCCUUUCGAGCCCAGCGGCGAUUGGAAAGCACCCAAGAAGGCGACGUGCGCGUCGGACGGCGGCCACGACGACUUUGACUACAGUUCCUGGGAUGCCAUGUGCUACCUGGACCCGAGCAAGGCGGCCGAAGAGGACGAGUUCGUCGUGGGUUUCUGGAACCCGGCCGAGGAGAGCUGCGGAGCUCAAACGGCCAAGCAGUGCAUCUCGUACGACCUGCACACGGAGCAGUGCAUCGCCGACAAGAGCAUCGCCGACUGCGUGGAGGCCCUGCUCGGCUGCUACCUGACCAGCUGCGGGGAGAGAGCCGCCCAGAUGUUCCUCUGCUCGCUCGGCCUCAAGGUGCUGCCCGUGAAGAAGAGGAUCGAGACGAAGAAUGAAGGCGUCGGCGGAGAAAGCCACUCGGAAGACGAGUACGGCUGGCUACAGAUCCCAGCACGCUGCAUGUUCGAGCACCCGGACGCCCAGCGCACCCUCGACCACUUGAUCUCAGGUUUUGAAAACUUCGAGAAGAAAAUCAACUACGUGUUCAAAAACAAGGCCUACCUCCUGCAGGCCUUCACGCACGCCUCGUACCAUUACAACACCAUCACAGAUUGUUACCAGCGGCUGGAGUUCCUGGGCGACGCGAUUUUAGACUACCUCAUAACGAAGCACCUUUACGAAGACCCGCGGCAGCACUCUCCCGGCGUCCUGACCGACCUGCGCUCCGCGCUCGUCAACAACACCAUCUUCGCGUCGCUCGCCGUCAAAUACGACUACCACAAGUACUUCAAAGCCGUCUCGCCCGAGCUGUUCCACGUCAUCGACGAUUUUGUGCAAUUUCAGCUGGAGAAGAACGAAAUGCAAGGCAUGGACUCUGAGCUGCGUCGAUCCGAAGAAGACGAAGAGAAAGAGGAGGAUAUUGAGGUCCCCAAAGCAAUGGGGGACAUCUUCGAAUCACUAGCCGGGGCAAUUUACAUGGAUAGCAAGAUGUCACUCGAGACCGUUUGGCAAGUGUAUUAUCCAAUGAUGAGGCCACUGAUAGAGAAAUUCUCCGCCAACGUCCCUCGGUCGCCCGUGCGAGAGCUGCUGGAGAUGGAACCCGAGACCGCCAAAUUCAGUCCGGCUGAGAGGACGUAUGAUGGGAAGGUUCGCGUGACUGUGGAGGUGGUGGGAAAAGGAAAGUUUAAAGGAGUUGGACGGAGCUAUCGCAUCGCUAAAUCAGCAGCGGCACGGCGCGCCCUGCGCAGCCUCAAAGCCAAUCAACCUCAGGUCCAGAACAGCUGAGCUACACACACAGACAUACAUACACCGGCCCUCUGCGACACUCUGAAGCCUCUUCAUGGGCCGCCUUCAUUCUGUGUCCUCCACUGAGAGAAAUUACCAUCGACAUCCUCCGAGAGAAAUUACCAUCGACAUCCUCCGAGAGAAAUUACCAUCGACAUCCUCCGAGGCUUCAGACUGAAUUCAUGGGUUCCAUUGUUUUUUUUGUUUCUUUCUUUGCGCAAACACAAUCUUUACCUUUUUAUUUCCUCCACGCUGUUUGAUCACAAGACUGCUUUAUUCUGUAAGUGUUACAGGUCAGGUGUCUGCUCUUUGUCCUUUUUUUUUUUGUAUUAUUUCCUUUAAAGAAAAUCUCCUGCUUUGUUGGUAUUGCGUAAUCAGCGUAUGCUUUAGAGUAGUGUUAGACUGUAUAUAGUUCAAACGAAAACUAUACAUUUAAAUGAGAGGGAAAAGAAAAAAUGGACAAAAACGCUAAACUCCUCACAGUCUGUGCACUAGUGCCAGUUUUUGAACCUUCUUUUUUUUUUUUUAAACUGCUUCGAUGAAGAGAGCACGAGAAAGAGAGAACACAGCGGGAGAGAGAACACGGAGCGAGAGAGAGAGAGAACACGGAGCGAGAGUGGCGUUUUCCUCGGUCUUGAGACGCUGUCCUUAAACUACAUUGCACUUAUUUCGUUCUGUUCCGCUCAGUCACGUACAUUUCAUCUGAUCGGCACCAAAUUCAUCGAGUGUAGUGUUUUUAGAUAGAAAGACCCUCCUUUAACAUUCCCACUUACUGUAAUUCAGCGUUUUAAAACAAAUUAUUAUUAUUUUAUAAAGGAACGAACAUGCUAAUGCACAGAACAGGGAACCGCAUGUGCACAGGGCUGAUUGGUAGCCGUUCACUUUCCACCACUGCUAACAGCAUUAGCGUGUCUGAUCUUUUCAUUUAGAAGCACGAUGCAUGUUUUUAUAGCUGUGUAGACCAACUGGAUGGAUUCUAUUAAAUAUGACUAAAUCUUAAUAGAGCUACCCAUAUAUAAACCAUUAUAUACAGAGGACAAUAUUAAGCGUUUAUUACUGUGUGGGGUUUCUGGGUUUCAGGAACCUUUUUUUGAUACCAGGAACGAUUUUUUUUUUUUUUUUUUUUUUUAGGUUCAGUCGGACGAUCGUCGCGAGGAUUAGACGUCACCGCGUCGACCGGUUUUUUUUUUUUUUAGUUUUAAUCUUAGGACACAAAAACGACAUAUCGCUCGGGAAAUAUGCUGCAGAUUUUAUACAGGAAAAAAAAAAAGAGAGAAUAAAAGCUCGGACACUUCUGUAAGACACAGAGCACCUUUACGUACCGAUGUUGUAAUCAUAUUCAUUCACCUCACCAAAGUGAUGCGACGCGAUGCUGCGCCAGUGAACGCGUUCCUCCGUGAUUUCACUCGCCUCGAGACGUGGAAACCAGCCUUUCGUUUUAUGCGUGUCGUCUCACGUAUUUGUCUUCAUAUUAAUAGGCUUUUUUUUUUUUUUUUUCCUCAAAUACCUCAGUUAAUUGCAUGCAUGUUCUUUUUCUU